AUCUUGACUGCGCAGGUGCUGCGCUCCGUGGGGGCAGCAAGAUGGCGGCGAACGGGAUGGAGGUGGAGCCGGCGGCAACGCCGAGUGUGAUGGCAUCUGGAGUGACGGGGAGUGUCUCUGUCGCAUUGCACCCGUUAGUUAUUCUCAACAUCUCUGACCAUUGGAUCCGUAUGCGUUCUCAAGAGGGGAGACCUGUGCAAGUGAUUGGUGCCUUGAUUGGAAAGCAGGAGGGCAGAAACAUCGAGGUGAUGAACUCUUUCGAGCUGCUGUCUCACACAGUGGAGGAAAAGAUUGUCAUCGACAAGGAGUAUUACUACACCAAAGAGGAGCAGUUUAAGCAGGUCUUUAAAGACAUGGAGUUCUUGGGCUGGUACACCACAGGGGGUCCUCCAGACGAGUCUGAUAUCCAUGUUCACAAACAGGUGUGUGAGAUUAUUGAAAGCCCACUCUUCCUCAAAUUGAACCCCAUGACAAAGCACACAGACCUUCCAGUGAGUGUUUAUGAGUCAGUCAUCGAUAUCAUUGCUGGAGAGGCCACAGUGCUGUUUGCCGAACUGACCUACACCCUGGCCACAGAGGAGGCCGAGCGCAUCGGAGUUGAUCACGUGGCUCGCAUGACAGCGACUGGCACAGGGGAGAAUUCCACAGUGGCUGAACAUCUCAUUGCACAACACAGCGCCAUUAAGAUGCUGCACAGUCGGGUCCGUGUCAUCCUGGAAUACGUCAAAGCUGUAGAGUCAGGGGAAGUGCCGUUUAACCAUGAGAUCCUGCGUGAAGCCUACGCCCUGUGUCACCGACUGCCGGUCCUCAGCACCGACAAGUUUAAGACCGACUUCUAUGAUCAAUGCAAUGACGUGGGCCUGAUGGCUUACCUCGGCACCAUCACCAAGACCUGCAACACCAUGAACCAGUUUGUGAACAAGUUCAACAUCCUGUACGAUCGGCAGGGCAUCGGCCGACGUAUGCGAGGCCUCUUCUUCUGACCGAGGGUCUGAGCGGACUGCACCCUCUGGGUAUAGUACACGGUGAGAGUUCACAUCUCGUACAGAGCAACCUCUUCACUGCAGCAGGCGGCGACCUGAAGUGCAUCGAUGAUUCUUCCACCUCCCCUCCCCCUUCCCACCCAACGCCGACUCUCAGGCCCUCCCCGUACCCUCCUUCCCUUCCCUUUGCUGAGAGAUGUUCGGGCCAGCCUUGUGAAGUGGGGCAACUUGUCACCCUGUUCAUUGACGGCUGCUGUCUCACUCUGAGUUUGUUGCUUCAGCGACAAAGUGACUGGCUGGUUAGGAAUUCGAAUUCACACACACUGGCUGUGUUGCGUCACGUGUUUCCUGCUGGCGAGCAGAUGUGAGGUUGUCCGUUGUGCAGCUAAAACCAUGUGUGUUUGAAAUAAAGUUGAAAGGAACUCAA